AUGGCUCUAAGGGAUAUCUUCAAGAAAUGUUUUGUAGGAUAUACAAAAAAUAGUUCCAUUUUAGGCUUCAAGCAGAUGACUGACCCUAACACGUCAAUCACGAAAAGGCUUGCAUGGUUGCUGGUUUUUGGUUUAAUGUGCGGAAUAGGAGGUUAUUUUCUCUGGUAUCUAUGGUUCGGAAGUCUCUCCAGCCCAUUGAUAGUCAAUAUGGAAUCAUCUAUGUACCCGAUAUCCAAAAUAGAAUUCCCAGCAGUUGCCAUUUGCAAUAUAAAUAUAAUAAGCAAAACAGCUCUAUUAGAAUUAGAGCGGAACAUUUUCAAGACAAAUGUAAGUGGUAACAUAACUUUUAGCCGAAUUAGACAAUUGGGAAGACUGCUCGAUUAUUCCUAUGACGUUGACAUAGAAUCUUUCCUACAUGAAGAAUUCCUUAACAAUAAUGACGGAGUAAAAUAUGAGCCUAAGGUUAUAUCUACUAUGAAAAAAUUGGCGCCAAAGUGUAAAGAAAUGCUCCUGCUGUGCUUCUGGGCAGGAAAGAAGGUCGAUUGCGAAAGCAUCUUCGAUAUCCGGCGCACAAACAAGGGAUUCUGUUGCACUUUUAACUACAUCCUUAAUUAUAACGCAGCUGGAACACCCUCCAAACGAAUCUCCCAAGUAAAACGUCAAUAUUAUCCUGGUCCCCUAUUCGGUUUGAAUUUAUUAAUCGAUCCUCUCAUAGAAGACUAUACUUAUACUACUCGCCCUGGACAAGGUGUAGAAAUUCUAAUCUUCGAGCCAACGCACUACGCGGACCCGAACAGUGGCAGGGUGUCGCAGCGUUUUGUACAGCCGGGUCAAUUCUUGCAACUCGGCCUCAAAUCCAUAAAACAAGUGGCCACGCCCGAAGUGCGCAAAUACAACCCUGAAACGCGGAAAUGUCUCUUCCGCGACGAACGUAAGAAAGAAUACGAAGACAUGUAUUCUUAUAGCGCCUGCAUCUACAACUGUCGGAUAAAAGCAAUACACGCACUAUGUGGGUGUACACCAUACGCUUUCCCGAUAGUUUCAGAUAAGCCUACUUGCACUUUAAAUGAUUUAUCAUGCCUGGAUAAAAUAAAAGAGAGGCUUCUUCUCAUAUAUCCAAUUGGUUCAAAAAAUACCGAAGGCUUAGAUAGAGAGUUCCAGGAGUCGUUAUACUGCCCACAAUGUCAUCCAGACUGCGAAUUUACAAAGCACGAAAGCCAAGCAACCAAAAUUAACUACCAACACCAAUACAUUAAAACCUUGAAAUUACAUAGGUUCCUGACUCUGCAGUCCUGA